GUUUAGGAAUCUAAAUGGAUUUCUAAUAGCGGCUGUGUGGAUCAGUGUCUCCCCCUAGUGGACACAGAAUAGAUAAAGCUGGCAUUGGUCAGCCACCAGGUCAAAAGGACACGUGAGGUCGUGACUUUAUUAAAUCACAAUCUUUACUUUUUUUAACAGUUCACUGGAGAUUUUUAUUGACCUGUCAGAAUGAGAGAUGCGCUUCCUCCUUGAUCAAUUCUCUGUAAAACUUGAAAAAUAUUUAAAGUACAAAAAAAGAUGAACAUACAAAUCAUACCAAACAGCCCACGUUGUUCAAAUUUUCCACAGAAAAACUGACUUUGUGAUCUUUUUGGUAGCGGCUCUUUCUCCGUGUUAAGGAAUUUGAAGUCUAGUAGUAAAAUCCUGCUGAAGCACACAUCCCGCUCUGCAGACGGUGCAGCGGGCAGCUGUGGCCUGUCAGCAUAUGAGUAGCUGUAACCCUUUUAAAAACAUGUCCAGUAGCCACAUGUCUUUUACGUAUGUUACAUAAACAUCUCCGCAGAGACAUUUCCUAAAAGAAGAAAAACAGUGAAAACCAGUAAACCGUGCAUGUCUUACUUUGCAUAACCGCAGCGUUGCGCUGCUGGAUACUGAACAUUCUGUACUCUGUCUCAAUGCUGUGGUUCAACAAAUAAGCUGAAUCAGUUUUCUUCUUCCACAUCUUAACUCUCCGUGUCUUUUGCCAGCCUAUUUUAUCGUGAGAAGGUGUUUAGCUGAAAGGUAAUUGUAACUCAAAAGUGUCCCAAUAUGACAAAAAGGAAGCAGGGGAAGGAAGACGUUCCACUUCUGCUUUCCACUGACCAAAAAAAGAAAAAAAAAACGCCCCAGAGAUAUACAAAAUGAGCUCUUCCUCCUGUCCUCAUACUGUACUCUACAAUUUCAUGAUUUACUGGCUGAUUUAAACUAUGGGAAGGUGGAUCAUCAUUAUUCUGGGAUUAAUUCCAGGUGUCUGGAGUGGAACAUGGGGGGUGACCUAUGAAAACCAGUGCGCUUUAAGAGGGACGUCAGUAGAUUUGAAGUGCAAGUACGGCUAUACUUUAGGAAAUUUCGUCACCUGGGUCGGCUGGUUUAAAGCCCAACAGGUCUCUAACAAAUUGACUCAGGUUCCCCUCUCACAGCUCCCUUCGCCGCCAAACCAUUUUAAAUACAUUGGUGAUUACCGCGGCAACUGCAACCUGAGGAUCAAUAAUGUCCAGCCUUCGGAUCAAGGAGCGUAUUAUUUCAAUUUUGCCGCAACACUUGGGAGCUGGACAAGUGACACGUACGCUUUCUUGUCUGUGAGAGAGCUGACCACAGUGGUGGAGCCGAGCGUUGCCAGGGAGGGGGACGCUGUCAGGCUGACCUGCGAGUCGGGCUGUCCUGAAACUAGAAAGAUCAACUGGUUCAAAGAUGGGCGACUUGUUCAGAGGUCACAGUUCCAGGCCAGCAGAGAGGAUGCUGGGAGCUAUUUCUGCGCCAUCCAGGGAGAGGAGACGGUCCGGUCGGCCUCUGUUGCUCUGAGUGUUCACUAUGCUCCUACGGACGUAACGCUGUCAGUGAGUCCAUCUAGAGACGUCGUCAGAGGAAGCAUGGUUACCUUGACCUGCAGCGGUAGGGCCAACCCUCCGGUGGCUCGGAGCGGAUAUCGUCUCUACAAGGACGCAACGUAUGUGAGCUCGGGGCAGAGCCAUGUCAUCUCGGACGUCCAGCCCAGACACAGGGGGCGGUACCACUGCCAAGCCUGGAACAACAUCAGCAGGAGCGGCAGCAACCUGAUCAACUCAUUGGCGGUAUACCUGGACGUCUGGUAUCAGCCGAUGAAUGUUUCAGUUUCAGUGAGUCCAGAGCAUAUUGUUGAGGGCAGCGGCGUCAAUCUGACCUGUAUUAGCAAUGCUAACCCUGCAGCAGACAACUACACCUGGUACAAAAGAACAGAACCGACCGGCUCCCACUCCCUGGUCCAUGUGGGCUCAGGACAGGUGCUGUCCCUUCCCUCCAUGGAGGCGUCCCACAAUGGCCUCUAUGUCUGCUACGUGAGGAACAGCCUCGGAGAGGGCAACUCAACCGAGGUGGUCCUGGCCAUGGCAGCAGGGCAGCAUGGCAGCCAGUCCCUUCCCAUCUUAGCUGGAGUCGGACUACUUCUUAUUGCGGCGUUAGUUGCCGUGCUGCUUUUGUUCUGGAGGAAACAGAGGUCUCAGGUGGAUAAAAAAACUCAUUUAGUCUCCAGACUCCAUGGAGGAACAUCAAACCCUGAAGAACCGACAGAAACAGUUUAUUCCAACAUUCACGUGCCUCCAUCUUCUCCUCCACCCGUCUUUGACCCCUACAGCUCUCCAGCUUCACGCGGGAAAAAUACUCCUAAAUCUUCUGAGGCUGAGAUUAUCUACACCACAGUGACAGUCAAACCCAGAGACAGGAGCGCAGCACAACACAAAAACUCCUGGUCUGAAGGCAGAGAAGAUGGCGGCUCUGUGAUCUACGCCUCCGUCGUCAAAUCCAGCAGAUGAUUCAUUUCCUGACAACAUCUUUGUUUUAAAAUACACAGUCAACACGUUUCAGGAGAAAGAGACAUUAAAAGCUAAAGAAUUCAGAAUUUUUGUGAAAUAUAGUUUUUAUUUAUUUCUUUUAAUAUUAAAUUUUGCGAUUACAAAAACAGUUGCUUGUAUUAAAACUAUAUUGUGAUUUAAAUGUUUUAUGUCAUUUUUGGACAGCAUGAACCACAUCAUGUCUGUGUUCUGCACAACUGUAAAUAUUAUAUUCAACGCAGCAAUGUGUUUGUAAAAUUUGAAUUAAAGAAACAUUGAAGAAUUGUCAGUGAAUGAAAAGGAAACUAACUUCUGCCUUCAUCAGUCUCAGAAAACGACCAGUUUAUUAUUUUUGAUCAAAAACCAUUUAUAUUUGCAACCUGCUCUCAGCAAACACACUGAUAAUUCCAUUGUUUUUUUUCAUAUUAGGUUAUGUCAUUUUUAUUUCUGAAAAGUAUAAAACAUAUCAAUGCAUUAUUUGGUAAAUGUAACACAAAGAGGAACAAUAUUAUCUUGCUAAAAAUAUUUUUUUGUGUUCAUGGUUUUGUGGUUCAAGUUUAAUAUAACAGUUCUGGGGAUAUCAGUACACAUACAAACAAACACAUUCCAGUAUAUUACAUUCACAAUUCUAAAAAAAUAAUCAGUAGAAAAAGGUUUUAUGAGAUGGGAAUUUAAUUAUUAUUGCACACUUGAAUGGCAAGAUCUGUCCCUUUCCUUUCACCUUGCAAUUAUUCUCCAUUAUGUCAGUUACAUAAGGCUCCAUUAAAAUACUUUGAAGUUUGUGUUUAUAACAUGACAAAAGCUGAGAAAGUUCAAUAAUUUGAACAGAGACAGGACCUGACUAAUAUUUACAACAACAAAACACUGAUUGGGGCGAUUGAAGUGGAUAUAAAGUAAAAGGCACAUACUGAAUGUUAUGUGGAAACGUUAUAAAAUGUGUUAUAAAGGAUAAAAGAGAAGGUGCGUAGCACAUAAGUGAAUGUGAAAGCAAAGAAAACUAGCAUUUCCACUGUGAGGCAACCUCAGAAAAUAAUGUAUUUUUUUUAAAUCUUUAGGUGUUUGGUUGUCUGCAUUGAUUUGUUAGCUUAUAUAUAGUGUCAAAGUGGACGUAGGAUUUCUACAAUACACACUGUGAUCGCUGUCUUCAGUGAAGCUCAAUCACAGAAGACAGAGAUUCAUGUAAAGAGUUGAUAAAAUCUUUUUUUAAUUUUUUUAUCAAGUUUACUUCCAGAAUAGCUCUGAUUGAUUGAGCUUCAUGGAAGUUCAUAUGUACAGUUAUCCACACUUCAAGUCCAAAGUCUACUUCAGAUAUGAGAGAAAAAU